AUGGGUAAAGUUAUUUUAGUUACAGGUGUUUCCAGAGGUAUCGGUAAGGCCAUCGUGGACAUUCUUUUCAGCUUGGACAGGGAGACGGUUGUGUACGGUGUGGCCAGGUCAGAGGCACCGUUGAAGAAUUUGAAGGAGAAGUAUGGUGACAGGUUCUUCUACGUCGUCGGCGACAUUACGGACGAUUCCGUGUUGAAGCAGUUGGUUAACUCUGCUGUUAAGGGACACGGCAAGAUCGACUCGUUGGUUGCCAACGCAGGUGUCUUGGAGCCCGUGCAAAAUGUCAAUGAGAUUGAUGUCAAUGCUUGGAGAAAACUGUAUGACAUCAAUUUCUUCAGCAUUGUUUCCUUGGUUAGCAUUGCGUUGCCUGAAUUGAAGAAGACCAACGGUAACGUGGUGUUCGUCAGUUCGGAUGCCUGUAACAUGUACUUCAGUAGUUGGGGAGCGUACGGCUCUUCAAAGGCCGCUCUUAACCACUUUGCCAUGACUUUAGCCAAUGAAGAAAAGCAAGUAAAGGCCAUUGCUGUGGCCCCAGGUAUUGUGGACACAGAUAUGCAAGUUAACAUUAGAGAGAACGUGGGGCCUUCCUCCAUGAGUGCAGAGCAAUUGAAGAUGUUUAGAGGUUUAAAGGAGAAUAACCAGUUGCUGGAUAGCUCUGUGCCAGCCACAGUUUACGCCAAGCUGGCCCUACAUGGUAUUCCUGACGGUGUUAAUGGACAGUACUUGAGCUAUAAUGACCCUGCCUUGAAGGACUUUAUGCCAUAA